AUGGUUACUAGCAUGACUACUUCAUGGAUGCACAUAUCUGUCGAUUCACCCUUUUCUAUUCAUAAUAUCCCUUUCGGUGUCAUCUCUUCUGAGGAUAACCCUACGCAUAGGCCUGGUGUCGUUAUUGGUGAUUAUGUACUAGAUCUAGCUAUUUUCACCGCUAACAGCGGCUUUUCCAACCUCGCAUGUAUACAAUCUCAUUUAAAUGUAUUUGCGCAAAAGACUUUGAACGACUUUGCUGCCCUCGGCCGCCCCAUUCACAGAGAAGUCAGAAAUUACCUUCGUUUGGUCUUCCAGCAUAACGGCCCCUACGCCUCCGUCUUGGAAACAAACGCAACUUUACAGAUACUAGCUCUCCUUCCGUUGUCUACUAUCCAGAACCAUCUCCCUUUACAAAUUGGGGAUUACACGGAUUUCUACGCUGGUCUGAAUCACGCAUACAACGUUGGUGUGCUUUUUCGUGGCAAAGACAAUGCUUUGCAGCCUAAUUACAAGCACAUUCCAAUAGGAUAUCAUGGUCGCGCUUCUUCUGUUGUUGUGUCCGGUACCCCAAUACACCGACCAAAUGGUCAGAUUCUUCCUGAUUCAGUCCUCACUCCGAAAGUUCCCACCUUCGGCCCAUGCAAGAAACUGGAUAUUGAGCUUGAGCUCGCGGCAUUUGUUUGCAUCCCUACCACGCUUGGGCAGCCAGUACCUGCAAGUUCAGCCGAGGAAUAUAUAUUUGGAUUCACUUUAAUGAAUGAUUGGAGUGCGCGGGAUAUUCAAGCAUGGGAAUAUGUGCCACUUGGGCCCUUCACAUCGAAAAAUUUCGGCACGACCAUAAGUCCAUGGGUUGUUCUGGUCGAUGCCCUAGAGCCGUUUCGGGCACCGAGUUCCCUUUCCACCUCAAUAGAGACUUUAUUACCUUAUUUACACCAGCCAAAUCCGAACACGAUGUUUGACAUCAGCUUGACGGUCGAGCUACGCCCAUCUGGCUUGAGUGAGAAAUAUACAAUUGCAAAAGCAAACUCUCGAGAUCUUCUAUUCUCUUUCGCUCAAAUGCUCGCUCAUCAUACUGUGACAGGUUGCAAUAUGAGAACGGGAGAUUUACUCGGAAGCGGUACGAUUUCUGGUCGUGAACCUGGAACUUUGGGAAGCCUCCUGGAAGCCACCAAAAACGGAAAGGAGCCAUUAGCGUUAGGAGAGGGGUUGAAGCGAACCUUUUUGGAAGAUGGAGACGAGGUGAUCAUUUCCGGCCGUGCUGGAGUUCUGGGACGCUACAUUGGGUUUGGAGAAUGUAAUGGUAUUAUCUUGCCAGCACCCAGCGUAUAG